ACUUAGCAGCCUGGCCUUACGAGGCAAGAUGGCGGUCCAAGGACCAAAAUUCUCUCAUCUAAAAGUGAUUACUAGGGACAGGCUAGUGGAAAUUCUGGAAUCGGUUCCAGAAAUUAAGGACCUUGUGAUUGAUCCUCAGCUUAUGAAACCUUUGGACCAUUUUACAGGAGCUUCAUUCCUAAAGGAGCAUGGUGUUAAUAAGAUAUUUAAAUUGGAAAAUGAUCGUCUUGAUGCUGGUGGUGACAAGAGAAUCUAUUUGUUGAGGCCAGAGUUAUUGUCAACCAAAUUUGUGGCCGAUCAUAUUAACAAAGACAAAAUGAGUGGGAGAAGCAGGUCUUAUAAAGUUGUAUUUGUUCCAAAAAGGUUGUAUUCCUGUGAGAUGAUUUUAGAGCAGGAGGGAGUCUAUGGAGACAUAUCUUUUGAUGAAUUUCAACUGGAGUUUAUUCCACUGGAUGAAGAUGUGUUGACUCUGGAGUUGCCAGGCUUUCUAAAAGAUUAUUUUUUGGAUGGGGAUCAAACGUCUCUGUCUUUUGUGGCUCGUUCUCUUGUGACUUUACAGCAGCUGUAUGGUACAAUCCCAAGGGUAUAUGGAUUAGGAAACUGUGCCAAGAUGGUUGGAGAGCUAAUUAAGAACACAUUAGCAGAGGAAGGAGAGUACAAACCUGUUGAUGGACCUGAGAUAGGUUCACUCAUCCUCAUUGACAGAAGUGUAGACUUUGUUACUCCACUCUGUUCUCAAGUCACCUAUGCUGGAGUUGUUGAUGACACAUUUGGCAUUAGGAGUGGUGUGGUUGAGUUUGGUACAGAAGUCACUGGAAAAGACCAGAAAACUAAGAUGCUAUUGAAUGACCAAGACAGGGUUUUCUGUGACAUCAGGGAUCGUCAUUUUUCAAAUGUGUUCGGUUAUCUCAGUCAAAAGGCAAAGGAUGUUCAGUCUGGAUAUGAUAAACGACAACACCUGUCAACUGUGAGUGACAUGAGGCAGUUUGUGUCUGAUGAACUGAGAGGGCUGCGAGAACAACACAAAGGACUGACUAUACAUAUUGGUGCUUGUGAGGUGGUGCUUAAAACAAAGACCAAGGAGAACUUUGAACGACGACUUCGAGCUGAGCACAACAUGCUGGAGCUCAUAGAAGAUAAGGAAGAUACUGAUUACCUUGAAGAAUGUAUUAUUAGACAGGUAAAUUCAUUCAAAACACUGCAACUCUUAUGUUUGCUCUCUUUAACUCGUGGAGGGAUUGAAGCCAAACUGUACCAUAACCUAAAACACAAGUUUCUUCAGAGUUUUGGUCACGAUCACAUGCUCACCUUCAGUGCUCUCAAACAACUGGGACUUUACACUGAACUGGAUAAAAGAGGCACAUUCAAGACUCUGAGCAAACGGUUAAACCUAGUGCCAAAGGAUGUGGAGAAGGUUGACCUAAAGAAACCACAAGAGAUGGCGUAUGUGUUCAGUGGUGCCUACACUCCAAUCUCCUGCAGGCUUGUGGAGCAGGUUCUGUCAAUUGGAAUGCCUGCUUUUGAAGAGAUGGCUAGGUUAUUAAGUGUCGAUGUUUACUCGUCGCGAAUGGCACCUUCUGCAAGAUAUUCCAAUACAAAUGAACCUCCAGGAUCAAAGUGUAAACUUGUAAUGUUUCUUGGCGGGUGUACCUUCUCUGAAAUUUCAGCGCUCAGGCUUCUGGCCACCAAGUUAGGAUAUCGGAUUAUAGUCGCUACUACAGCAAUUAUAAAUGGCACUCGACUGUUGGAGUCCUUAUCUUGCUAGGCGUGGUGAAUAAAAUGUACUACAUUACCGAGGGGCGAGGUCCCUUAAACCCUUGUGUGCUAUGGAACGAAACCCUAGCAAUCUGCUGUAGAUAUUUACAUAUGGUGUUUCACACACAUCAGAUACAUUUUACUACGAUUACAUAGUAAUCAUGUUUAGACUUGGAGGACAGUAAAACUGGACCGUAGACGGAUUAUAGUUCUGACGGGAUUAUAGCAAACAGACAUUCCGUUCUGGCCGUCAAGGGACAUGGGGUCCCAAUUUGUGGCAGGUACAAGUCGGCCGCCAUUAUACUCUGGAGCCACAAGCAUACGGCUGAGCGAAUGUCCAGAAACUACCACUCGCGGGAAUUCCACGGAGUGUACGAAUAAAAAGAAUUUGCAUACCGCCCACCCAUUGAUGAUCUACAACGAAUAUGUUUUCACCUUUUGAAAAGAGACCUCAACGUAGACCGUUCUACAGCUGUACUGAACGGCUAUAAAAAUUGUAAUAGAAUAAUCAAUUAGGUAAGAGAAAAGAAUUAUGUUGUCAAAGUCAUUAUUAAUACAAAAUUUGAAACGAUAUGUCCAUUUUUCUCCGUUAUUUUCGAAAAAAAGAAAAGAUUUAUAAACA